GCAACUGUAACAUUAAUACUUUAACUUAUAAUACAAUAAUGUCUGGAUAAAGAAUCAAACAAAACACUAAUACAAAUAUGCUUGUCCCUUCUUUUUCAGAAUCAUGUCUGCUGUGAUCGUCAAUUAUUUACCUGUGUGUGAUGUCAUGAGACAACUGUGCUUUCCCUGCAUAUGAGGAAACAACUGUAUAUAACAAAAAAUGAGCCUGGAAGUAACCAGUAUAGACAUAACUAAAAAGGUGUGUGUCAUCUGUGGAGAGCAAGAUGACCGUCAAGUUUCAAAACUUGGAGAAAAGGGAUGUCAAGGACUUUCAUUAGCUGCAAAAAACUAUAAAGACCAGAUUAUCGUGUUUGUUCCGGGACAAUAUGUGCAUAUCGACUGCCGUAAGACAUAUUGCCACCCAAACCAAACCAGUAGUAGAGGGAAAUCCACAUCAAACUUAAUGUCAAGUCCCAAAACCAGGCAAUCAACAAAUGGAAAUUCGUUUGACUUUGGAACAAAAUGCUUAUUUUGUGGUUCUGAUGCUAAAUUAAGAAAUGGAAAAAGAGGCAUUGACGUUCAUCCUGUUAUGACUCUAGAAUUUGAGUUGACUGUAAGGGAAUCAUGUAAAUCUAGGUGUGAUGAAUGGGGUGCUACUGUUCUUGGGGGACUUGAGUCCACAAAUGACCUUCCUGCUGUAGAAGCACGUUACCACCAAGCUUGUUCUGCUAAUUUCAGAUCAGGUUAUAAUGUACCAAAAUUGUAUAUGAAUGAGAAUGUCACGCCUAAAAAGGGUCGGCCAAUUAAUACUUCUUCUGAUCAAGCAUUUCUUCAGUUAAUGAAUUAUUUUGAAGAGCAUGAAUCUGAUCAAAUGACAGUGAAUGACCUUUGUGAGAAAAAGAACAAAUUGUGUGGUGAAUCUUCUUAUAGUAACGUAUAUAUGAAGAAGAAAAUUCUAGAACAUUUUGAUAAUAAUGUUGUUAUAACUGAACUUAAUGGAAAACAAAAUGUUGUUACAUUUAAAACUACUGCCCAUUCUAUAUUGCAUUUAUUUUACAAAAGAAGUAAUGCAAAUGAUAAGGAAUGUGAAAAGAGAGCUAUUAUUAAAACUGCAGGUAAACUUAUUUUGAAUGAAAUAAAAAACAUGACAGAGAUAACAAAAGAACAGUAUCCAUCUUCAGCAGAUAUAAUGUCUAUUGAUUCAAAUUAUGAAUAUUUACCUGAAGGUCUUCUGUGCUUUUUGCAGCAGCUCAUUGAUAGUACAAAUAAAAAUAGAAAAAUUUCAUCUAUAGGUCAAGCUAUAAUUCAGGCAGCAAUACCAAGAAAAGUCAUCGCACCCCUACAAAUUGGGUUAGGUGUUCAAAUGCACCAUCACUUCGGUUCCAAGUUUCUGAUAGAAACCCUCAACAGCCUAGGAUUUUGCUCUUCCUACCAUGAAGUCCAACGUUUUGAACAAAGUGCAGCUGUUUCACAAGGAAUACAAAUAGAAAGUUCAAACGAACAGUUUGUUCAAUUUAUUGGCGAUAAUGUAGACCACAACACUGGUACUAUUGAUGGACUUAACACUUUCCAUGGCAUGGGAAUCAUUGCUGCAAUUACACCUGGUAAGGAACAAAGGCAUACCAUUCCACGCAUACAUACGACAGGUGAAGAUAUUAUUGCUGUUGGAAAAAUUGAUAUUAAAUUUUACAAACAAUCAACAAACAAAAUGGAAUCGAUGUUUUUUUCAAAAGUUGUCAAGUAUUGACGAUGUUGAAGAUCAACUUGAAGAAUUGAACUUUUUGAUUAAACUUGCUCGACCUUUAAAACCUGAACUUCCAGGUUGGUCAGGAACGAUGCAGUUAGUACAAACAGGAAACUUUCCUGGAAAAUCAAGCGUAGUAUUCAUGCCAAUGUUAGACCUAAAUCCUAGUGACAUGUCUUGUAUCUUCUCAACCCUGUACUUCAUAGCAUGCCAGUCAAGAAAGAUGAACACAACACCAGUGGUAACCUUUGACCAACCACUAUACUGGAAGGCAUUACAUAUUGUCAUCAACGAACCUGAAGGAAGUGAUGUAAAGGAUGUCAUUGUAAGACUUGGUGGAUUUCACACAGAAAUGAGUUUCCUAGGCUGUAUCGGUAAAUUAAUGGAAAAUACUGGACUGACAGAACUUCUUUCAACUGUGUAUGCUCCAAAUGCAGUAGGUCACAUGUUAAAUGGUAAAGCGAUUAGCAGAGCGAUCAGAGGACAUAUACUUGUAAAUGAUUCCUUAGAAACAUUGCUAGUUGAGCAAUCAUUUGCUGAUACACAACCUAAUAUUGAUGCAAACAAUAACAUAUUUGUUGAAGACUUAAUAGAUAAAAUUCUCACUAAAGAAACCAAACCAGAGACACUGCAUGGAAACCUGAUGAUAGCCAACAUGAUGGAUCAAUAUGACAAAACUAAAAUAGAGGUAGCCAAAUCCAGAACUGCAAAAUUAUGGCUACAAUACAUGGAAAUGGUUCACAUCCUUCAACAAUUCAUAGCAGCUGAGCGCUUAGGAAAUUGGAAAGGACACCUGAAUGCUUUGCUUCGGAUGCUUCCAUACUUUGCCUCCGCUGGACACAACCUCUAUCUCAAAUCCGGUUACAUAUAUCUACAACAAAUGUUAAAUUUGGAAGAAAUGAACCCAGACAUUUACCAUCACUUUUGUAAAGGCAAUCAUGUUAUACGAAGAAGCGAGCGUUAUUGGGUGGGUCUUUCAACAGACCUAGUAAUAGAACAAGUUCUAAUGAGAAGUGUUAAGUCAGUAGGGGGGAUGACACGUGGCAGAGGAAUGUCUGAGGAACGAGCACAAUGGCUGCUCUCUAUGCCUGCCUGUUCAGAAAUGAACAGUGCAAUGCAGGACUUUUCCGGUCAAACCUAUGAAAAAAGUCCCCAACACAAAGAGUGCUCUAAAUCUAGAAUUCAGCAUGACAAUAAGGACAGGGCCACCGUCAAGGAUUUUCUACAAGAGCAUAAUCCCUUCCUUGAUGAACAAUGCUUAAGAAACAUUGAAACUGGUGCCCUUGCUGAGAAUAAUGUUAAUGUGGAUGAUGCUAAAAGUAUAGGAAAGAAUAUAAUUAAAGAAAUGGAAGAAAAAAAUGUAUUGACAUAUUGCUUUAAGCGCACCAAUCAGGUCGUGACUCUUGGUUCUAAGAACAAUUUGAGGGUUGGCGGUGAUGAAAUUUCUGUUGAUCCACAGCUCCUGUUCCAAAGACUGAUCACUGCAGCAGAUUAUACUAUCGAAGACACAGAAACACUUUUUAGCUAUGAGUUAUGAGCCAAUCCAUCCUCAAUAUUUGAUUCGUCUGGUCUCCUUCGGGAAGCACAGAAGCCAUUACUUGCAAAUGGAAUUUGGGAUUUGGGAGCUUGUGGAGUAGAUAAAGUUCCAGAAGAUGUUGAAUAUGUACUUGAUGGUGGCUCACUUCUACAUCGUAUACCUUGGGCGUAUGGUGCAUCUUUUGGCGAAAUAUGUACUCGAUAUACAAAUUUGGUGGAACAAAAAUAUGGAAAAGCACAUAUCGUUUUUGACGGAUACAUUAAUGGACCUUCAAUAAAAGAUGUUACACAUCAGCGUCGAUCAAAGGGAGCUACAGGCAUUAGAAUUUUAUUUAAUGAAAGUACACCGUUCAAAACCAAAAAAGAAAAGUUUCUCCUUAAUCAAAACAACAAACAAUGCUUUAUUGAAUUAUUAGGUAGACAUCUAACUGAUAAAGGUUGUCAUGUAUUUAAUGCCAGCAAUGAUGCCGACCUUCUGAUCGCUAAAACUGCUGUAGAUAUUUCAACUGAUGAUAAUGUAGUCGUUGUUGGAGAGGACACUGACCUGCUUGUGUUGCUUUGUCAUCAUGCUCAUUUGAACAGAAAAAGAAUAUACCUAAAGUCGGACACAAAGACUAGUGUUAAAAGAAAGAAGAUAUGGGAUAUUACUGAAACACAAAAAGUGCUGGGGUCUGAUAUUUGUUACA